GACCCCCGGGAGCUGCUGCAGAUCCCGACGGCGGCCGAGACCCCGCAGGGCCCCGAGGAGCGGGAGUCGUCGCGGCGCCUGGCGGAGACGCGGGCGCUGCUCCGGCGCAGCCGCGCGGCCGCCGAGGAGGCGCGGCGCAAGGAGAGCCUGCACGGCCAGCUGGUGGCCGAGCUGGCGGCGCUGCCCCGCGACGUUUCCCGCUCCGUUUACACCCAGCGCAUCCUGGAGAUCGUCGGCAACAUCCGCAAGCAGAAGGAGGAGAUCGGCAAGAUCCUGGAGGACACGCGGGCGCUGCAGAAGGAGAUCAACGCCCUGGUGGGGAAGCUGGAGAGGACCUUCAGCGUCACCGACGAGCUGCUCUUCAAGAUCGAGGGGGAGGCCAGUGCCAAGCUCCCGGCCAGCCUGGAGCGCAUCCUCAGCGACUGCCGGGCGCUGCGGGAGGAGAACGCGCUGCUGGCCGCUCGUGCCCGCCACGCCUGA